AUGCUGCGAGAGAGCUCCAAGGCGUCGAGCAACGGCACCGAGGCCUACAGCAGCGAUCCCGGGGAAGAUGAGGAUGAGGAGGAGGAAGAGGACAUGGUGGUCGGGGAGAACGAUCAGGACGGCGUGGCGGACGAGCUGAUGGAUCUGAGCGACCUGCCCACGUCGCUCUUUGUAUGCAGUGUCCACGAGAGUGUGUUCGAAGACGACGUGCACAGGGAGAGGUUUGAGGCGUUGUUUAGGAUCUACGACGAACAGACGACAUUCCAGAUGUUCAAAAGCUUCCGGAGAGUCCGGAUCAACUUCGGCACCCCCGAGGUCGCUGCCCGCGCCCGCAUUGAGCUCCACGAGACAGAAUUCAACGGCCAGAAGCUGAAACUCUACUUUGCCCAAGUCCAGAACGGCGAUGAGAACAUCGACAAGUCGUACCUGGCCCCCCCGCAGCCCGUCAAACAGUUCCUGAUCUCACCGCCUGCCUCGCCACCCGUGGGCUGGAGCCAGAGCGAGGACGCCACGCCCGGCAUCAACUACGACCUGCUGUGUGCCGUAGCCAAGCUCGGACCUGGUGAUAAGUAUGAGCUCCACGCGGGGACAGAGUCCACCCCCAGCGUGGUCGUCCACGUGUGCGACAGCGAGACAGAGGAGGACGAGGCGGCGCGGCCAAAGCAGCAGAUCGUCCAGACCAGACGUCCGGACGGGCCCCCCAAAGUCUUCAACUAG